AUGCAAAGCCUGUGGUCACUGAGAUCGCAGAGAGGCCUCACGCGAAGCCAGGUGGUUGAUGUGCAACGUGGGCGCGAUGGGCGUCGCUUCGAAGACUUGCUGCAAAAGGUAAGGCAAAGUGAUUUGGAAACAGACCUCAUCAGCUACGGCAUUCUCAUCAACGCAUGUGAGAAGGGCAACGACUGGCAACAGGCCAUGGGGCUGCUGGAAAGGAUGUCGAAGCAUGGCAUCUUUCCGGACGAGUUGAGCUACAAUUGCGCCAUCCGCGCCCUUCGAAGCUGCAGCGGAUGGCCUUGUGCUUCGAGCUCUCUUUAUCACAUGAAGACCCGGUCGGUGCAGCCAUCCCAAGCCAGCUACAAUGCAUUGAUAUCGACUUGUGGCUGGCAAGAGGCAAUGAAGACCGUGGACGAAGCGAUCACCCACAACAUCCCACUGGCUGCGCAGGGCUUCAACAGUGCCAUGGGUCCAUCGACACCCUGGCAACGGUCCAUUGGACUGGUCAAGGAGCUUCCUCGGAAGCAGGUGCAAGUGGACCGGAUCACCUACAACUCGAUCAGCCAGGCACUACCGGACGUCGACAUCUCUCGGUGGCCCACUGCUUUGGAGCUCCUCAGCAUCUCCAUGCAGCGCACGCUGCGCCCUGGGGGAGCGGCCUUCUGUGUGACCGUCACAGCCUGCAGCAAAGACUUUGCAGCUUGGCAGUUCACUUUGGCGCUGCUGGGCACCGCCGAGACGUCGGCCUUGCUGGAUCUGCGGAUCUUCACCACGGCGCUCAGCGCCGUCCACUGGACCAUCGCUUUGUGCCUUUUCAGGGAGAUGAAGCAGAAGAUCACGCCUGAUGUGGUGUGCUACAACUCCUUGAUUGGUGCCUGCGAACAAGGGAGCGCUUGGCAGGUGGCGUUGGAGCUGUAUCGUGAAGCACGGAGCGGUUCAGCGGAUCGCACUGGACACGCCAAUGAGAUGACCUUCAACAUGGCCUCCUCGGCUUGUCAGCGCUGCAGCCGUUGGGAGAUGGCACUGGAAAUAUUUCAAGGUCUUGGAGCACAUGCGCUCGAAGCCAACCUGGUGAGCUGGAACACUGCCAUGAUCAGCUGCCAACGGGGCCACUGGUUCUUUGCCUUUCACCUGCUGAACACCAUGGCGCUGGUGCCUGAUGAGAUCAGCAGCUCUUCUUCCAUCACGUGUUGCGCUCGAGCAAACCAAUGGACAGUCUCCUUGAAUCUACUUGGGCAGAUGCUGGAGCGACGGAUCGAGACCCGGCGGCCGCCGCGGCUGUCGCCCGUGACGUUCAACGCGGCCCUGGCGGCCUUUGACAGCUUUCAGUGGAGGUGGCCAUUGCACUUGCUGCAAGCCAUGAAAUCUUUGGGCACCCGCCCAGAUCUCAUCAGUCACAGCUGUACCGCCAUCGCCACGGCUGUGGUCAAAUGGCCGUUGGCAGCCAGCUUGUUGGAAGGCGGCCUCAGCGACGCCAGUGGCCCCGUGGUGGCGAUGGCCUUGGGUGAUGCUUCGGAAUGGCACCAGGUCUUCGAGCUGAUCUCCAAGAUGACUUUCCGUGAAGACAAUAUCUCCGGCACCUCCCCGCUUGGCUCGACAGCGCUGGUGGAUCGGGCCAUCGAGUUGGCACCCGGCACGGUGGUGGCACAGAAGAUGUUGAAGGAUGUAUCCACUAGGAGUUUCCAUGGACUUUCGAGAUGA